AACUUGUGUCGGCAAGCAGUGCCCUGCCAGUCAGAAAAGGUUCCACAAACUGAACAUUCGGACACCCAUUCCAUCUUCUCCCAACAAUGCCUGACUACAUCUUGACUUAUUUCCCUGUCAGAGGGAGGGGGGAAGCUAUCAGGCUGCUGUUGGCAGAUCAGGGCAUUGAAUGGAAAGAGGAUGAAGUACAAAUUUCAGACUGGGUUUCGGGAAAAGAUGACAGAAAGAAAAAUGCGGUUUUUGGUCAGCUGCCUCGGUUUCAGGAUGGAGAUUUUGUCUUGUAUCAGAGCAACAGUAUUCUCAGGUACUUGGGAACUAAACAUGGACUGGAUGGAAGUAAUGGUCAAGAAAGAGCUCUCAUAGACAUGGUGAAUAGUGGUGUGGAAGAUCUGAGACAGAAAUAUGGGCGUCUUAUCUUUUUUGAAUAUGAAACGGGUAAAGAAAAAUAUCUUCAGGAUCUUUCUGGGCAAUUAAAUCUGUUUGAGAGGAUCCUUUCUAACAAUGCUAAUGGAUCUACAUUCAUUGUGGGGAAUAAGAUAUCCUAUGCAGAUUUUAACCUUCUAAAUAUUCUUCAGUGUCACAUUGAUUUGUCUCCGACAUGCCUUUCAUCCUUCCCUUUGCUCUCUGCCUAUCUUGAAAGACUUACUUCUCGACCAAAACUCUCCAUCUACUUAAAAUCUGAUGCCUGCAUGAAACGGCCUAUCACCCCCAAGCACAAAUAAAUGAUAUGUAUCCAUGAUUUUACAUGCAACAUCUUAUAGUAGCUGCAACAGUGAAAUCUAUGCAGUACAUAAAUAAAUAUAAUGUAUACACAAAUAAAUGCUUAAUUUAA